AUGACGAUUCAAGAGGUCCUGGCUGCUGCAAAGCGUCUCGGGCUUUCAAUCAACGAACCGGAUUCGUCAACGUCACCACCAUCUGUCAGCAUGCCUACCAAUGCAAGAACUCCUAAGUCUGAAUCAGCAAGCGAGACCCUGCCCACAUCCACUUCCGAAAGCCUAGAGUCCCUAUGUGAAAGUCAACUAGCCGGUCUAGCACAUAAAGAGUUUACAAGGCUAAUGACCGAUAAAAACUGGAACGUCAACAGCGGUGUUCCGUGGAAAAUUCUACACGAAAAACUAGCCAAGAAAGGCUGCCAACUCAUCAACUACCCUGCUGACGUCUCGCUACCCUGGUCGCAUGAUGGAAACAAGGGGAUACAACAUCUCACUAAACCAGAGCUAAUGUCGCUAAUCCAGCAAUUCUCUGCAGCGGAGAACCCCCUUCAAUUGGUAGCAGUUGAAGACCAUACCUAUGGAAAAUGCGAGGAACAUUUUCUUUGUGAUGUUCUGCUGAAAUCAACAAAGAGAGGCAAGUCCGGAGCAGGAAAGUCCCAAGCUGUCAGUGUGGAGCCGAAGGGCAAAUCUCGAGCUGUCAGCAAGCCACCAGGUGGGAAGAAACGGAAGCUCUCAACGUUAGAGACAGGAGAUUCGACUAGCCGUCAGAUGCGUUCCACUGUGAAGGCCAGGAAACGCACUGUCUGGUUCAAGGAGGAGGAGGAGGAGGAAGGCGAGGACCAGCUCGAGUCGGAGCUGUCAUUGAUAGAGUCAGAGGAGGAUAUGCAGGUAACCGCACCUCCGAAGUCGGACUCUAAGCCAGGGAACAUUCCAGCCAAGACACCAGAGCCAGGCCCCUCCACGUCUGAGCUGAUUGCCCCUAUCAAGACCUCGAAGCCAAACAUCUCCCUCGCCGAGUUUGAGAGUGGAGGAUUUGUGGCUCAUGAACGUAUGUAUUUCGAUUCGCUAAUGGGCGAAGAAUACCACUCAAGAGUCAACCUAAUAUCAGAGCUACGGGAGUAG